AUGAAUUGCCUCGACUCACCUCCAGAAACUUAUCGAUUCGCUAUGCACCUUCUCCAGCUAAUCAGUAAUCCCACUUAUUUUAUAUCCCUAAUAUCUUUGAUAUUGAUAAAGUCAAACGUUUUCACAACGUACAAACAUUUCCUCAUCUGGCAUACGUUGCAUAACUUUUUCUUCGAAGUGUAUUCUAUUCAUCUAGUCGAACCAGCACUACAUGCUCCGCACACUUUGAUGCGUACAACAGGAAUUUUAUCGAAAGCUGGAGUUGGAAGUCUAGUGCAGACUUAUAUGUUAUCUUUAGGUUUGGAAUAUAAUGCUUUAACAAUAAGUGAAAUGUUUUGGUUCCGUUACAAGGUUAGUGUCAUAAACUACCGAGAACAAAAACACUUUCGACUUCUCCAACAACCAGCUGUCAUUACAAGAUUUAUAGCUGUCUUCGCCACUCUUACCUGUAUUCUCACAUAUAACGAUGGUCUCCGCUUUCAACAAGAGCACAAAUCCCGCCUACUAGAAUUAUACCCCUCUGACACUUUUAUCUUAUGUGAUUCCGUAUAUCUACUAGUUGCAUUUGGAGACUACACUUCUUCUGUAUUCGUGGCAAUAUGGAUUUUUCAGUCGCUACUUAGCAUCUUGAUGCCUGCGACCUUUUUUUUCAUCAAUAUGAACAUUCCUCAAACUGUGUCAGAAACUACUAUGAAACUCCAACAUCAACUGCUACGAAGCUUGAUUAUCAUGGCGACGCUUCAUUUAGUUUUUCUUGGAAUCCCGAAUGUUAUGUUCGUUUACGCAUUUCUAUUUGGUUAUGAAAACGAGGGCGUGGCUUAUAUCGCGUUCAUCUGCGUGACUUACCAUGGGUUUGCUUCCUGUCUAGCAAUGAUUAUAUUCACAAAACCGCUGAGAAGUUACAUUUUGAGAAUUUUCAAA